GUCAAGAAAAAAACACAACAAAAAACAAUAAACAAGCAAAACACCCAUAAGUUAUAAGUUUAGCACUAGUCCAAUAUUAAUGGCUGUGGUAUAAGUUAUGGCAGUAGUCAAUGAGGUAGGCCGAGUUAUUAACGUAUUUAAAUCCCUCAUAUUUAUCGUAAUAAUUUAAUCUUUUACCUUAUUUCUAUAUAUUUCCGAAUUUGGAUAAUUAUUUAUAGAAAAAGUACAAUUACAGUCACAGCCCACAUUAAAAAAAUAAAUAAAAAAGGCAUAAUUUGCCGUAACUCAGUCUAACUGGCACAACCAUACAUACUGAACUGAGUGAUACUGUAUACUCAGUCAUACUCAUACCAUAAAUUAAAAUACAUUUAAAAGUUAUUAAUAGCCAUAAUUAUAAUUUAGUUAAAAAGACCUCGUAAUCAUAAGAACCAAAUUCAGAGACUGCAGAAGUCAGAAGGUACAGAAAACUGCAGCACGCAUUGUAUCGCGGAUAUAGCAAUCUGACCACAUGAUCCCAGUUCUUAGGGAUCUCCAUUGGCUUCCUGUAAGUGAGCGCAUUGACUUCAAAAUUCUGUCCCUGGCGUACAGCUAUAUAGAAGGCUCUGCACCUGAAAAUCUUAAAGAAGUGAUUUAUAAACACAUAUCUUUAUUAAAGAACCUGUGGUCUUCAACAUAGUACUUACAGAGAGUUCCCAGUGUGGGAGGACACAGAAAGAAGUCAUACGGAGUGCGCUCUUUUGAAGCGAUAGUGGAGAUAGCGCCAAAAUUAUGGAACAGUUUGCCCUAAUCUUUGAGGGAAAUUGAAAAUGAUAAAAAAUCAUUUAAGAAACAUUUAAAGACUUUUUAUUUAAAUAGAUUUAAGAACAUCAGAGUGCUGUGAGCAUGUUAAAGUAGCAUGGAUAUAAUUGCUAUUUAAAAUUCAAUUCCAUAUUCAUAAUGAUUAUCACGACCAUAUUGAGUCAUUUUUAGAAUAAUAUUUUCUGUAAAUCUCAUUACUCUUUAUUAAUUAUUGUAGUGACCAUUAAAAUGACCUAAAAUAUUAUAGGCCUCCCCCUAUCGCUCAGAAUAAUAUUGAUUUUAAGUUUAACUUAUACUGAUCAUGAAAUUAUGACAUUAAGAGUCAGAUUGACUUAGUAAGCCUAGUGUAAGGACAAGGUUUUGAUUUUGGUAAUAAUGGAUUUCAGCGUCCAAAAUUAUAUUUUUAAAUUUAUGAAUUAUUUCUUACUUUACUUCCUGUUUAUUUGAUAAAAUUGACACAUUGAGUGGGAGAUGUGAUAAAAUCACUUCCAUUUUAUAAGUAUAUGAGUUACAUUCUUUAAGUUACCCUGAUAAAAUUGACGUAAAUGCUGAGAGAGCACAUGCUCCCCAGGAAAUAAUGUCAUUGGGACAGUUACUGACAGCUCAGCUGGUAGCGCAGCAGUUUGUAAUUUAUCCUCUUUGAUACCAGAAAUACUAACAAAGAAUAUGUGAAUAUGGUAGCGAGCCAAGGGCUGGCUCAACAAGAAUACUUUACUUUGUACAAUUUGCCAUUGGCCAGCUGUAUUAGUUUCCUAUGGACAGGGAUUGGAUGAUGUCCGAUAGUCAUCUAGAAGUUGCAACUUUCGUCAAUUGAUUAGUUUUGAAGGUAGCCAUCUGACCUGGUUACGGGAAAUUUUUUUAAAAGAAAUUUCGUCAACGGAAAAUUGAUCAAACGGAAAUUUGGUGGAAUCUUUUUUUCAGUUACCACUAUACCAUUUUUGUCAAAUUUCCUUUUGAAAGCACUAUACUAUUUUUAUUAUAAAAAAAAAAGAAUUUACAAUUAAAUUUAUGCCCUCAAUGAUUUAGUUAUCCGCGUGGUGUAUGGUGUUCAUAAUUAUUAAUUUGGAAGUUAUCCUCGUUGUGUAUGAUGUUCAUAAUUAUUCAUUUGGAAGUUAUCCUCGUUGUGUAUGAUGUUCAUAAUUAUUAAUUUGGGAGUUAUUCUCAGGUGUAUUGUGCUCAUAAUUAUAAAUUUGGAAGUUAUGAUCAUGGUGUUCAUAAUUAUUAAUUUGGAAUUUAUCCUCGUGUUGUAUGGUGUUCAUAAUUAUUAAUUUGUAUUAGUUUCAAUUGGUCAUGAAAUUUUGUUUCAGGCUAGAAGUGACUCUACUCUUGGAUUUUGAUGUCCCCUGUAUUGGUGUAGGUCACGUGGUGACAGAAUUUGUGCAUCAGAAUUCAAUAUGAAUUUGAAAAAUCUUUUUCAAGACUUCAAUCCUAGGUAUGAUUGAUAAUUGAAAUGGAGUAUUAUUAAAUUUAGCCAUAUCAUUAUUUUUAAAAUAUAUACAGUGGGGCCUCGGAAUGCGAACUUGAUCCGCUUGAGUUACAAACGGCUUUGAGUCUUUAGACAUUUUUUUCCUUAUUAAAAUAAUAGAAAUUGGAUCAAUUUGUUCCAGAGGUGCAGAAAAUCUCUGUGGAUCAGAGUCCUUUCCUUAAGUGCUCAAACCACCCCCUACUGGUAGUGGACUCAUCCCUUUGAGCACUAGAAACAGUUAUGCCUUUCACUAAAUCAUGUUUUGGCUUCCUCCCAAAUUAUCAUCUCAGAAAUUGUCACCGGCCAGGUGUUUUUCAUUAAUGCAAACUAAGAGGAUGUUUUUAUUUUCAUCUCUACUGUACUAUGUGAGCUCUCCGAGGUCAGUGACAUAACCCCUUUUGUCACAUCAGCUGCUUUGAUAGCUUCUUUUUUUUUUUUUUUUUUUUUUUUUUAAAUUUUUCCUUUUGUUUUUUUUUUUUCAAAAUUGUACCGUCUGUUUUGGGAUCCCAAACAUAAUAGUGAGAUCAGCCACAUGUGUUUUGAUUUUCAUACUAAGCGAUGAGAUCUUUUUUAAAUUUCAUUGUAGCUCUAACAGCUGUCCUGUUACUCUUUUAUUUUCUUCGCUGCACAUUUUAGAUCUCUUGGGGAAUACACUCUGCUGUUAUUAUAUUUAAAAAUAACGCAACACUGGCACAAAAGUGUAACAAGUUCUGGGGAAAUGUACAAAAAAAAACAAAACAAAAAAAAAACACUAAGAAAGUCCCGGGAUUCAGAUUCCAAAGAAACUUGUGUAUUUUGAGUGAAAAUUUGAUGAAAAUUUUCGGAUUAAGAUUCCAAGUUGUUCUAGUUCUAAGGGGUUUGGAUUCCGAGGCCACACUGUAAUCUUGGCUUAUUAAAAUUUAUAUAAUUUGUUUUAAGUUUUUUUCAGUUGCUUAAAUUUUACAUAACAAUAUAAUAAUUUUACUUACCACUCUAUAGAUUUUACAUACCACUCUAUAGAUUUUACAUACCACUCUAUUGAUUUUACAUACCACUCUAUUGAUUUUACAUACCAUUCUAUUGAUUUUUACAUAACAUUCUAUUGAUUUUCUGCUAAGAUUAAAAAUUAUGUUGACUCAAUGAUUACUUAAAACAAAUAAGAAAAACAUACAAAAUUUCUUAAAAUAUAAUUGCAAAUUCACUUGUUAACUUAUUUGAAAUUUUGAUUUUUCAAUACCGGGUACAGAUGUUGCUGUUCAUCUAUACUAAUUUUGCUCUGUUCCUUAUAAAAAGAUGGGCUCUCAACUUCUAUUUGUUUUACUUUUGGAUGUUUAAAGCUUAGCUUUAUUUGUGUGUUUAACCAUUUUUGCAGAAUCUUUUUGACAGCCUGUUAUAAAAAAAUAAGAUAAUUGUAAACGUGUCAUACGUCUUUUAACAUGAUUAUGGACACAUAAUCUCCAUUUGCUUAAUAUGGUUACAUAUUUUAAAAAAACAACUGCACUUCAAUUCAUUCCUUUAGUGAAAUAUUUAAACAAUAUAACAGAAAGAAAUCCUUGUGACUUUUUUGUGUCUAGCAUCUCCAGUUCUGUAAAAUAUAUAAAUACAAUGUGAAAUAAAUUUUUUUUUUUGUUGAUCUUCAGUAAAUUUGUUGUAUUCACGUGUCUGCUGGUCUUCACCGUCCUGUUCUCAUUGCGACUAGACAAAAGUAUUACUUGGAGCUAUUGGUUCGUCUUCCUUCCGAUAUGGGUCUGGAAGCUCCUUGUCAUGAUUGGGGCUUUCAUUGGCAGUUCUGUGUGGCUGAGGAACCCACAGUAUAGGUAAUAUUGAUAUGCCUUACAAGACACAUGCAACACAGUAUUCAUCAUUUUAAAAUCUUGAUGGACGAACAUAGAUUGUAUUGUUAUAUAUAUUGUAAUGACAAUAUAUGUGUAUGUAUGUAUAUAUAAAUAUAUAUAUAUAUAUAUUAUAUAUAUAUCAAUGUUACAGGGCUUAUUUAAAAAUUCCAGAAUUAAAAAAAAGGCAAUGUGUUACACAAUUAUAAAGUAAAAAGAUGGAAUUAUGUUUUAGAUUACCCUGUCACUGACUAUGCUCAUUACCCUGUGACUAGUUAUCUUCAUUACCCUGCCACUAGCUGUGUUUAUUACCCUGUCACUAGCUGUCAUACGGUUCUUUAAACCACUUGGAUGAUGUGUUAUGUUAUAAAUAACUGUUUUAUAAAUACGUGUGUUCUCAGGCAGGAGGCCAGCAGCGCCAACCAGUAUAAAGCCAUGAUUGUGUCCUGUGGGGAGCACUUGGCCCUCCUGAUGUUUGAGCUGCUUGUUGUCAUAAACUUGGAGUCGGAUGGCCACAACUGGCUCAUUGUCUUCAUACCCUUGUUCAUUCUCUCGGUCUUCUGCAUCGGCGCUUGUAUCUGGUGUGUGAAGAAUGACAGGUCCUGUGAGGUCAGUGCGCCCGUCCUCUUUACUCAUGUAGCAAAAAUUCAGAUUAUCGUUCUUAAUUCAGUAUUUUUAAUGUACUACAUUUUAUAUUUUGAAAAUAGUGAAAAGAAAGUAAGAUAAGCCUGCAGUGAUGUUCUCACUGUGGGGAAUUAACAGGAUGUAAACAGAAGAUAACCUAUAGAAAAUGUGACAUUUACUGCAGCAUGUUAAACUAACGGUAGAUGACUCUAGUCUAGAGAAAAUGUGAUAGUUACUGCAGCGUGUUGCACUAACUGUGGAUGACUCUAGCCUUGAGAAAAUGUGACAGUUACUACAGCAUGUUACACUAACUGUGGAUGACUCUAGCCUAGAGAAAAUGUGAUAGUUACUGCAGCAUGUUACACUAACGGUGAGUGACUCUAGCCUAGAGAAAAUGUGACAGUUACUGCAGCGUAUUACACUAACUGUGGAUGACUCUAGCCUAGAGAAAAUGUGACAGUUACUGAAGCAUGUUACACUAACUGUGGAUGACGCUACCCUAGAGAAAAUGUGACAGUUACUGCAGCGUGUUAUACUAACUGUGGAUGAUUCUAGUCUAGAGAAAAUGUGACGGUUGCUGCAGCACGUUAAUCAAACUGUGGAUGACUCUAGCCUACAGAAAAUGUGACAGUUACUGCAGAGUGUUACACUUACUAUUGAUGAUUCUAGCUAGGCAUUAUCAGGCAUUUUUAUCAGGAUGGAUACAAUAAAAGCACCCCCCCCCCCCCCCCCACAACUGAUUAUAUUUUUUACACAUAAUCUUAUUAAACAGACUAUCUCAAUUAUGUGUAAAGGUCCUGUGUUAAAUUAAUGCAUUUCUCUCAGACUUUGUUACACAUGUGAAGUAAGAUUACCCAGAAUUUUUUUUCUGGGUUAAUAAAAAAAGAAAAAAGCACGCUGUAAUUGAAAAUAUAAUCCAUUUUUACGAAGUUGAUAAAAAUUACACAAAUGCUUUCUGUAGCACAACACGUCCAACUUAUAAACUUAAAUGCAGUAAGGGCAUAUAUUUGAAAGAAGAUUGUUUAACAUGCUCAUCAAAAAGAGCUCUCAUCAAACACAGGUUUCGUAAAAAAAAAAGAAAAGUUUUUGUGAUUUUUAACAUUUGAAAGAAGUUACCGGUAACAAAAAACAUUCUUGUGUCUGUGCAUUUCCAGCUGGAGCUGUUUUGUGCUGUGAACAUCUUACAGUUCAUUUUCCUUGCCCUGAGACUUGAUAACAUCAUAGUGUGGAGCUGGGUGGUGAGUUAUCAUCAUUUAAUAUAUAGUGUAAAAUGUAACAGAGGUAGUUAAAGUAUGUUUAUUUUCACAUAUGUCCAAUUAAGAUAUCUCAAGAUGACUAGAUCUAAUGCCAUCAUUGUUUAUUUAUUUGUGUGUAGUUAAGGGCUUAGUGUUAGAAAAUUAUUAUGAAGACUUUUUAUGUUAACACCUUCAACGUUUAUCAAAGGCUUUUUAUGUUAACACCUUCAAGGUUAAUCAAAGACUUUUUAUGUUAACACCUUCAAUGUUAAUCAAAGGCUUUUUAUGUUAACACCUUCAAUGUUAAUCAAAUACUUUUUAUGUUAACACCUUCAAUGUUAAUCAAAGACUUUUUAUGUUAACACCUUCAAUGUUAAGAAAAGACUUUUUAUGUUAACACCUUCAAUGUUAAUCAAAUAAUUUUUAUGUUAACACCUUCAAUGUUAAGAAAAUACUUUUUUUUUUUACAACCUUGAGCGUCUCUUUUCAAAUAAUUAUCUUAUAAAAAAAAUGGAAAGGUUGAGUCAUAUUGAAAUAUUUAGAUGGGUACCUAAUAGUACUUGUUUAUUCUCCAUACUUUUACUUGUAGAUUGUGUUCAUUCCAAUUUGGAUCAUCAUGUGUGUGGCAAUGAUUGGUGUCUUGUAUGCUGUGGCUCUGGCGAUUAUAUUGCUGCGCUCUCCAGACAUUUUAAGUGAGCAGAGGCGGGGCAAUGUGUCCACGGCCAUUGGCUACUCCUUCCUUGUGAUUCCACUCCUGGUCUUUGAGGUAAUCUAUUGAAUCCAAUCCUGGACUUUAAGAUAAGCCUUUGACUCAACUCCUCGUCAAUGAGGUAAGCCAUUGGCAACUCCUUCCUUGUGAUCCCACUCCUGGUCUUUGAGGUAAUCAGUUGAUGCCACUCAUUGUCUUUGAGGUAAGUUAUGGAUUCCAAUCCCGGACUUUAAGAUAAGCCAUUGACUCAAUUCCUCAUCAACGAGGAAAGCCAUUGGCAACUCCUUCCUUGUGAAAGGCACGCUUCGUCUCUGAGGUGAUCAAAUGGCAAUUAACAUAUUUAAAUCAUAAUGUUAAAUAUUGUCAAUUCUGUCAGUAAAAACAUGCUUAAGAGAGUUCUGAGACAUGUUGUUUUUUUAUUCAAAUUUUUUGCUAUAUAUUUUCAAAACUUAAAAUUUUUUAAUGAAAUGUUGGCAGUUUUGACUUUCAAGACAUUUCUUUCUAUUUAUGUUUUAACCUAUAUUUGAAAUGAAAACCCAUGAUUUAAGUUAUUAAUUCUUGUGAAAAUGAAAUAAUGGUAAACAAAUUGUUUUCUCUUAUGUUCUUAAAAUGUGUACUUUUUAUUUUCAAAGAAUUCAAAAUUUUCCUAAACUUUUGAGUAGUUUUUCUUUAGUGCACAGAAUACAAGAGCUAUUUGUUUAGAAUUCAAUAAGAUAAUUUGUUUUUUUUAAGCAGUGCCAGGGCAUGUCCACUUGUACUCACAUUUAAAAUAUUUGCACAUGUCCAUAAGCGAAUAAGCUUUAAUUUUGUUUUCGUUUCGUCCCUCUCCAGAUACUCCUAGCCAAUCGAUUGGAUCACAUGAAUGAUUUCAACUUUAUCACAGUUGCUGUGCCCCUGGUCAUCUCCCUUGUUUCUCUCAUUUGUUUGGCAUUUGGUGCCAAGGGAGGUAAUUGCUGUAAGUGUUUCUUUUUAAUGCUGUUCACACAGCUCCAUUUCAAAGUUAUGGGGAGAGUGUAGGACUUUGACAUAAACAAAACCUUCACCUGCACUUUUAACACACUUAAAAGUUGUUGAUUUGUUAAGAACUGUUUAUUUUAUAGUUUAUUAAGAUAAAUUUACACUUGGAUUUCUUGUGUGUAAUGAUAUAAAUAAAACGCCUUUUUCCGCAUUGAAUUAAAUAAGAGCAUGCAUCAAAGAAAGUUUACAUUUUUUUUUUUAUCAAAGUGUAACUGUAUAUCAAAACGAGCAGAUGUUACCUGGUGUUACUCUGGUAAUACUCGGGUAAUAAACUUGAUUUUAAAAUUUUUUAAAAAAAUUACAGCUUUCAAUUUUGUACCCCAGUUAAUACAUGGUUAGCAGAUAGUUAAGAUUAGCCCAAUGUGAAUUGACAGAAAGGCACCUAAUUUUAACCCAUCAAAAUGGCCAAAAAUAGAUUUUUUAUAUGAAUUAAAAAUGUUUUUGUUGCUGGAGUUUGAUGUAACUUUCCAGAGGCCAUCUUUAGGUCAGGGGGUAUGACCUUGUCAAAUUUAGAUGCGAUCCGUUUUUUGUUUGCUUUGUUAUAAACUAACUCAUUUAAAAAUUUAAAUACAUACAUACCGACAUACAUGGUCACACUGAGGUUUAUAGUGUAGAUAUUCUACCCAUUUUCUUCCUAUGAUUUAUUUGUUUGCUGUAGUGAUUGAUGUCCGCAGUAGACUUUGUCCAUUCUAGUUCCCAGUGAAUAUAACCAACAUUGUUGACAUAUGUUUAAUGUGACCCAUCAUUGUUGAGUCAGAUUAUUUUUAUAAUUCAAGUGUGACAAUGUCGUGGAAAAUUAAUUCCAUUUUCGCACAAAUUACCUUGAAAUUUAAGAAUAAUUGUUUUUUUGAUCUGUCUCCUAAUAAAAAUAAUAAUAUGACUUGUAAACAUCAUUUUUUAACAGUAGAAUUAUCGAAGUCUUUCUUUACAAAUUUCUACCAUGAGGACUACGAUUAGUCAAUUAGUAUAUUUUUUUUUGACAGGGUGGUUUGGCAUCAGAAAAGACUUCUGCCAGUUCCUGCUCGGAGUCUGUCCAUGCCUACAAGAAUACGGAAACAUCUCCUACUCCAUACAGAGCAAUGACCACGACCCCCAGCCGCGCUCACCGGCAGAGGAACAUUCGGACCACAGCCUACCGGAAGUCAAGGUCAAACUCAAAGGCAAAGAAAUAUCAGAUGAACCCAGGCAGUCUAUACCUGUCUUGUCCAUGGAGAGCCCUGAUUAAAAACUUGUUCAUCAGGGUGGCUUUUUUUCUCUUCAAUGACAUAUUCUAGCUUGGAAAUAAAAAUGUCCAUUCCGUUUCAGUAACUGAAAUGCUGAAAGGGUGCAACUUCAACCAUGUUAGAGCUAUCCUCUGACAACUGCUGCUGUACUGCCAUUGGGUCUUAAAAACAGCAAAAAGGAUGUCCUUGCCAUCAGCUGUUUGUAUCACCAGUGUGUCGCCAGUGUGUCGCAUUUGGAACUUGAUGUUAACAGGAGACUUUUGUUCUUUUAGAAAUAAUGUGCUAUGGCUUACAUUCUCAGACGUAGGCUGAGAAGGUAUUGAUCAAUAAAAUCUGAAUAUUUGUCUUUGUCGUGCAUCAAUAAAUUUAACCGAUCAGACUUCUGGUGACCAUUGGGGUAUGUUGCUUGGGCCCAACAGAUCAGACAUGUGGACCAAGCGGAUAUGUUUUGGAUCUCAUGACUUUAACAACUUCUAUGUAUAACAAAGUGUAAAUAAUGUUCGAUGUGUUUUACAACUGGUCCAGGCGACAUCAGGGUAUCAUUCUUCAUGAUCUUGAUUAGAAACUUCAUACAAAUGUUUGUGGUGUGUUGCUCAAGUGUGUAGAUGUGUAAGCCUGAAUGAGUCCAAGCACCUUCUCUACUGGGAAAAUAGAUUUCAUGGUAGAACCUGGAUGGCCACUGAACUGCUUUUCAUCCCCUUGUUUCACAUGUUGUGUACCUGGCUGACAUUGUAAGAGCUGCUUAAAUACAGAGAUGUUCACUUACACCCUUUGUAUCUACUGACUGAUGGAUGCUGAGACAGACCUGUGAUUAUGUAAUUAAAUUUGGCGGGAUGUAUUGCGCUUUUGAGUUACAGUUAAAGCGGCACAAAGACAUGGGCCGGUCCAGGUCUUUGCACAGUGAUCGACUGGAAUACACGCCCUGGCAAAAACUUUUAUAACAUAGGCAAACUGCGCUUGUAAUGCAGAUAUUAGAAUAUCUGCAUUUAUUCAGCCCAAUUGAAAAUGUUAAAUCAGAAAGAGUAAACAUUUGGUUUUGCUGUAAAACAUUUGAUUGAACUAUGUAGUCAGAACAUACAA